AGGCCGCGCCGAGGAACGUAACGAACGUAGCACGUGCCGGCCAGUAUCUAAGAAGCGCCGCGGGGUCCUCCAGCUCCCCGGUAGCCCCUGAGCGCGGUGCAGUCUGGGGAAACAUGGCCGCUUCCGGUCUCCCUCUCGGGCUGGCGCUCGUCUAACAGCUGCCCCUGUCCGGCGUACUCCGCCCUCCGUUCCUCCCGCCCGGUCACCGCGGAGGUCGUUUCAGCCUUUCCCUUUUGCUGCCCUCGCCGCGCCAUGGAGAAGAGCUCGAGUUGCGAGAGUCUUGGCUCUCAGCUGGCUGCGGCUGCACGGCCGCCCAGCGUGGAUUCCCUGUCCAGUUAAUGUGUUAAGAGCCAUUGACAUUUGAAGAUCAUCAGAAGUGAAGAUAAAACAUCUCAAAAAUUAUAAUUGCCUCCACUUCUCAUUCAGAGAAUUCAGUGCAUACAAAAUCAGCUUCUGUCAUAUCAUCAGAUUCCAUUUCAACUUCUGCAGACAACUUUUCUCCUGAUUUAAGGGUCCUGAGGGAGUCUAACAAAUUAGCAGAAAUGGAAGAACCACCCUUGCUUCCAGGAGAAAAUAUUAAAGACAUGGCCAAAGAUGUAACUUAUAUAUGCCCAUUCACUGGUGCUGUACGAGGAACUCUGACUGUUACAAAUUACAGGUUAUAUUUCAAAAGCAUGGAACGGGAUCCUCCAUUUGUUUUAGAUGCUUCUCUUGGUGUGAUAAGUAGAGUAGAAAAAAUUGGUGGUGCUUCCAGUCGAGGUGAAAAUUCUUAUGGACUAGAAAUUGUAUGCAAGGAUAUCCGGAAUUUACGGUUUGCUCAUAAACCUGAGGGGCGAACAAGAAGAUCCAUAUUUGAGAAUCUAAUGAAAUAUGCAUUCCCUGUCUCUAAUAACCUGUCCCUCUUUGCUUUUGAAUACAAAGAAGUAUUUCCUGAAAAUGGGUGGAAGCUAUAUGAUCCUCUUUUAGAGUACAGAAGGCAGGGAAUUCCUAAUGAAAGCUGGAGAAUAACAAAGAUAAAUGAACGAUAUGAGCAGAGUGAUACAUACCCUGCCCUCUUGGUUGUGCCAGCAAAUAUUCCUGAUGAAGAAUUAAAGAGAGUGGCAUCCUUCAGAUCAAGGGGCCGGAUCCCAGUUUUAUCAUGGAUUCAUCCUGAAAGUCAAGCCACAAUCACUCGAUGUAGCCAGCCCAUGGUAGGAGUGAGUGGAAAGCGCAGCAAGGAGGAUGAAAAAUACCUUCAAGCCAUCAUGGAUUCCAAUGCCCAGUCUCAUAAAAUCUUUAUAUUUGAUGCCCGGCCUAGUGUUAAUGCUGUUGCCAAUAAGGCAAAGGGAGGAGGUUAUGAAAGUGAAGAUGCCUAUCAAAAUGCAGAACUAAUUUUUCUGGAUAUCCACAAUAUUCAUGUUAUGAGAGAAUCAUUACGAAAACUUAAGGAAAUUGUGUACCCCAACAUUGAGGAAACUCACUGGUUAUCUAACUUGGAAUCUACUCACUGGCUAGAACAUAUUAAGCUUAUUCUUGCAGGGGCUCUUAGGAUUGCUGACAAGGUAGAGUCGGGGAAGACGUCUGUGGUAGUACACUGCAGUGAUGGUUGGGACCGCACAGCUCAGCUAACUUCCCUGGCCAUGCUCAUGUUGGAUGGAUACUAUAGAACCAUCCAAGGAUUUGAAGUCCUUGUGGAGAAAGAAUGGCUAAGUUUUGGACAUCGAUUUCAACUAAGAGUUGGCCAUGGAGAUAAGAAUCAUGCAGACGCAGACAGAUCGCCUGUUUUCCUUCAGUUCAUUGACUGUGUCUGGCAAAUGACAAGACAGUUUCCUACAGCAUUUGAAUUCAAUGAGUAUUUUCUCAUUACCAUUUUGGACCACCUAUAUAGCUGUUUAUUUGGAACAUUCCUCUGCAACAGUGAACAGCAGAGAGGAAAAGAGAAUCUUCCCAAAAGGACUGUGUCACUGUGGUCUUACAUAAAUAGUCAGCUUGAAGACUUCACUAAUCCUCUCUAUGGGAGCUAUUCCAAUCAUGUCCUUUAUCCAGUAGCCAGCAUGCGCCACCUAGAGCUCUGGGUGGGGUAUUACAUAAGAUGGAAUCCACGGAUGAAGCCACAGGAGCCCAUUCACAACAGAUACAAAGAACUUCUUGCUAAACGAGCAGAGCUUCAAAAAAAAGUUGAAGAACUACAGAGAGAGAUUUCCAACAGAUCAACUUCAUCGUCAGAAAGAGCCAGUUCUCCUGCACAGUGUGUCACUCCUGUUCAAACUGUUGUAUGAAAGGACUAUUAAAUAGAUUACCAUUGCUACGAACUCUUGAAUACAAUGGCAGCUUUAUGAGUAAAAGUAUUCUCAAGUUAGCACCCAUCUGUGAGAGAAAGUUCAGUCACUAUUUAUUUUAAAUCUCUCUAGGCUAUGUUUAGAACUGUAGCAGUGCAGGUGGCUUACGUGAAAUAAUCCCAUACAUAAUUAUAUAACACUAAUCUUAUAAGGCACCCAAAGGAUAUUAAAAAUGCUUCUUUUCUGUACCUGCAGUGGGAACAGUGGGAACAAGUUUUUUAAAAGAAAAAUACUGUCUUAGAAAUUUUGGCAUCUGGUAAAACUGAACAACAAAUCACUUAGAAAGGACAGAGCUCAUUAACAAGGGAAUAGAAUCACUGUGUUAAAACCAAAUCAACACUAUCAACACUGAGAUUGUGUAGCUUGGGCCUUGUGGUACACUCCCCUUCCCCCAAUGGGGUUUUCUAUUAUAUUGUAAUUCACUUACUUUGAUCACUUACAACAUGCACAUUUUUCAUACAGUGGUUAAAAACUAUUGCUGUAUUGAUAUACUUAAGAUGUAUUAGAUACCUUUCAAAAAUGAUGCCUUAUAGAAGUAGAGGUGAGGUACUGGGAUGAGGGGGGAUAUUGGUAGCUGUCCAGUAGUUUCAGGAAUUCUGUCCACAUCCUUCAGAUUAGCUUCCAUUUACCCAACUAUCAGAAACAUCGUGAAAGAUAUUUUUAAAAAUUCAUCUACUCACCAUUUAACUUCUGUGGGCAGGAAAAAUGUAAGUUUUGAGGCAAUAUUUAAAAAUUUUACUAGAAUUGAUUUCCCCCUUAAGUCUGUAUAAAUAGCUUAUGGUGAGAAAAAGUACUAUACUCUUGUAUUACAUGAAAUAUUUUACUACUAUUCCCUUUGGCAAAUUCUUUAAUUCCACUAAAUGACUAAGUCUACCAAAGAACCUUUUUGCAUGUGAAGAUGUAUUACAGUCUCAAUGUCAGUAAAGAAAAUCUUGCUUCACUGUUUUUCUGUUACAGUAAGAGCUUGGCACUAGUAUAAACAUUUGACUCCCUGAUGUCUAUUUUACUCUAUAUUAAAGAGCCAUAUAUAAUGUACUAAAAGAGCUUCUUGUCCCUUGGAUCUUUAAUUAAAAGAAAAUUUCAACUGA